AACCAAAAUAUGUGUUAAACAUACUCAAAAAAAGGAAAAAAAAAUGUAUACAGAGGAAAAGAAGAAAGACAAAAACUAUGGCUCAAUCUUUGCCUACUGCGUCCUCUGCUUCGUACUCAUCGUGGAAGUUGCAAGAUUCGCUAAACCUUAUUACGGCAACCUUCAGAACCUAAUGGAGACAGAAGCACUAGUAGUAGAAGAAGGAUUCGUGGACGUGAUGAACUCAGGGAAACUCCCAUGUCCCUUCAAGACAUCUCGCUCUGCCUCUGCUAGGAGUCACGAGAAGCUCUCGGGACUAAUAAGAAGAGAGGAUAGAGCUCGUCCUCCAUCUUCGUACUGCGUGAAGUUCCAGAACUUUGCAACUAUGGCGAAACUGGUCAAAGACAAUGGUGACAAGUACGAGUCACGUCCUUUCUCCGUCGGUGGAUACAACUGGACGUUACUAAUCUACCCUAACGAGAACAAGCCAGUGGGCUCGGGUGGAUACGUUUCGAUGUACGUGAGAAUCGAUAACUCAAGCCUCAUAGCCAACCCACACGAUGUGUAUGCAGAGAUCACAUUCCUCACAUAUAAAAGCACUAUCGACAGAUACCAUUUUCUUCAGGAGACUGAUGCGCAGAGAUUUCACUUGUUUAAACAACAGUAUGGACAGCUAAACUUUCUUGAGAUUGGUUACUACAAAGAUCCAGGCCAUGGAUUCAUUUUCGACGGUGGACAAAGUGUGUUUGGUGUUGAUAUCCUCGUCGCUAACCCCUUUGAGAAGUGGGAAGUUUUCUCUUACGAAGAAAACAUUCGUGACCCUCUUUUCAACUGGAAGCUCACUAAGUUCUCUACAUGUAAUCUUGACUCUUACACUUCUGGUUCGUUUUCUUCUGGAGGAAGAGACUGGGUAUUGAAAGUGUAUCCAAAUGGAGUUGGGCAUGCAACGGGGAAUUCGUUGUCACUCUUUUUGUUAAGUGCCUCAAAUGAAAAGGGUUACGUGAAAGCCAAGUUACGAGUUAUUGACCAGAUUCGGUCCAACCAUUUGGAGAAACAAGUGGAUGGAUGGCCUAACGCAACAGAAAAUGGAUGGGGAUUUGAGAAGUUUAUAUCUUUCGCAGAUCUCAAAGACUCAACCAAAGGUUUCCUUGCUGAUGACGCCAUCAAGUUUGAAGUCGAGAUCUUGUCCUUCUCUAAAACCGACACUCUCUAAAAUGAUCCUACAAUCACUCUUUAUGUGUUGAUUUUUCCUGUUUUUACCGGAGAUAGUACGUUGGUGAAAAACCAGCAGACUAAUCUCCGCCGCUAUGUAAUUCACGGUGGCCUAGUGAAUUAACAUCACUCUGGUUUACUGUUUGUCUAAUAAUAAUGGGUUCGAGCUUUCCUAUGUUAA